AUGCAAAGUAUUUUGACAGCAUGUGCUACACCAGAUACUAAGAAACCACAAGACUGGUUUGAAUUAAAUAGCACUCAUGAACUUUUGAGUGAGUUCGAACAUGUAGAACUUAAAAAGAUGUACCAAGACAGACAAAACUUACCAUCGUAUCUAAAAGGUAUAUAUGUUCAUAAGUUCCUAGUUAGUUCAAUAGCAAUGUGGGCUUCACCUCGCUAUGCUUGGUAUAUUUACAGACUUCUUGACGAAGUUGCUGAAAAAUACAUGUAA